AUGUCUGCUGGAGCCGACGGGCAAAUCAUGCCCACAGUACCAGUCCACGCUGCCAGUCCCCUUCAUUCUUCCGUCCACGUACUCGACCGCGAUCCGAUACAUAGGCCGCCUUCCACAGAACUCCCCCGCUCUGCAAGCUACACUUAUCUUUCCACCCUUGAGACAGAGCCUGCAGUCACCACGAUUAAGAGAACCUUCUCAGACAAUGUUCUCUCACUCCCUCCGGAAGUGAAGACCAAGAUGAAGGACUCUGUCCAGUCUACGAACAAAGUCCUCUUUCGCCGGGCUUCAAAAAAGGCAAAGAAACGGAUAACAAGUGGCAUUUUUUCCUUCGCGUCGGACCAGGAACAGGGACAACGAGAUGAUGAAGUACGAGGAGGCCGGAAGACCGAAAGGGAUCCUAUCAAGGCGGAGCAAAGUCGCAGUCUCAGCCGAUCUGUAACUGGCACAAUCCGCACACUGGCACGAAAAUCCUGGGCUGGAUCAAGGCCUUCAUCACCCGCUCCGAAGGAUGGUUCCGCGCCCAGGAAGAAGCGCAGCUGGUCUCCUAGCAAAAUCAAAGAUGCUGCGACCUCAAAACCAGCUUCUAGCAGGUCUCCUUCAAAGUCUCCUGAAUCCGAUGCUGCAAACCCGGUUGCUGCUAAGCCUCGACGACCUCCGCUGAGCGUAAUAGCCGCCAAAAACAAAAGCGAAAUCAGCCUCAGGCGCCUAUCGCGAAAUUCCUCUUCCACUUCGCUCGCCUCCAAUGACAGAAGCAGAUCCAAGAUCUCACUUGCCAACCUUCCGCCCUUGCCCAGGAAUCUCUCCUCUGAUCGCCUUGCGUCUUUCCAGCAGGACGUGACCAAGAGAAAAGAUCCAUUAGCAACCGUUUUCAGAAAUAUCGACAGCGAGUUCAUUACGUUUCAUGCCAAGCCGAGUGUGCAGAAGUCAAAGGUCCUUCGAACAGUCUUGCUCCCCUUCCUCCAUAAAUAUGCUCGUCACCCCUCUAUCAUAUCUCUCCGAGCCGAAGACCUCGACAGGCGGACUGUAAUCCUCAACAAAUGGUGGACUGCCCUUCUGGAAAUGCUACAUGGAACUAGCAACCACCUGAUCUCACUAUCCGAUCGGCCUGCUUUUCUCGAGUCUGUAAGCAUGAUCGUGUCAAGGCCAGAAUGGACGGUUCCAGGCUUCAACGCGGUGCCAGGCGAUGCUUCCCAACCUCCCUCCAUCCCCAAAUCGAAGUCCACAAACUCCCUUGAAUCAGAAGACUCUGAUUUCCUGAGCGAUACUAUCAAGCAGAAUGUCAGAAACAUGUUUAUUCAAAAUCUGCUUUCUCAGCUGAGAUUUGUCAUUGAAAAGUUGUCCUGGCGUGCUGCUCCCUCAAGCUUGGUCACUUUCGCCGGCAAAACUUGUGCUUACGCUUUUUUCUAUUGUCCAGGUGUGGCGGACAUGCUCACACGACAGUGGAAUUUGAGCGCCGGUAUCUUGGGAAGGAUAUUCACCCAGUAUGAUAUCCAUUUUGGAGAUAAAUUAGCCCUCAUAUCGAACGGAUUCGCCGCCAACUUUCCGCCACCGAUUCGAUCUUUGUCCGUGGUUUCGCAAGGCACCUUUGCACGCUACCUGCAGCCUCGACGCCAGCGCCCACAAGGCUUGGAGCAACUGGACUGGUGGCACCCAACUUGGGUAAAUCGUUGGUGUGGACGCGAUACUGAUCUGUUCUUCUCGUUCACGAAACACUUCCACAUUCUUGUCUCGGAGUUUCUGUCCGAGGAACUAUCACCGAAAGAACGUGCCGGGAUACCAGGCCUGAUUCCAGUCUGUGCGCAGAUGCUGGUCGUUCUUGAGGCAACUCUUUACCGUCAAGCCAACCAACCGCGAUAUGAUGACGACGGCGGGGAAGGCUCAAGAUUCGAUAGAGAUCAUCCAGAUUCUCUGGCUCCCCUACCGGUCAUUGCUAACGCCGAUCGUUCGAUCGCCGAAAACCGUCUAGUCAUCUUAUUGAGGGACGUGUUAGGAGACCUCGACCCUGAAACUGCUAUGUUCCGAAACUUAUUUACAGGCUCAUUUGAAGCGGUUCUCAAAACUGCCACUCGAAAAAUACCCGUGUACAGUACCGACCCGUGCUUCGUAAUUUGCGAUUUCAUGGAGGAAGUCCUCCCCAUCACGUUUCGAUAUCAUCAAACUUAUGGCGACACCCCGAUAUUGGACUGGCCCUUUUGGCUCAGAGUCUUUAAGCAAAUGAUGCGGAGUCAGUCUAUGCUCACUAAAGUUCGAUUGAUGGCAUUUUUGUACAAUAAAUGGACUAUUUUAAUUUCUAAUGAGAUGUGGAAGAGAGAGCUUGUUUUGGAAUGGUUGCUGGACCAGGAAGUCUUCCAAGAGAACUUCUGCAACUGGUCACCCAUGGUUCGACAUUACUUCUACCGCUUACUUUGUUGGAGAGUUGCUCGUGUGGACGGAGCCGUCACGACUCUGGAUAUCAUCAUUUUCCAAACAUUCAAGGCUCGGCUCGACAAAUGCUGGGCUCACUAUCAGUAUCUGCUCAUGGAAGCAGAUUCACGAGGUCUUCCCCAGCCAUCCUCCGAACCUUGUACUCCGGCGCCUGCCCGUCUCCUUUUAAUCGUUCGCCUCGACAAUCAGCCUCUUUUAGUGCCACAUAGGACGACAUACGAAAGACAACAAGCGAACCUUGGCCUCCUUAAUCAGCCUUCACCCUAUCAAAAUCACUCGUCAGCUCUCAACACCAUUCCGACUGCGGAUGUUCCUCCCCAGAUUAACAAGAAGCGGUGGAGCUUGUUCAGAGGCAUCAGUAUGUUCUCGCAGCCUGGGAAUGACCGCCCCGGUGAGGUCACGCCUCCAGGCAGUCCCGAUGAGACAAGUACAAACUCCAAUGGCACGAGUACGGGAUCAAGUAACGACAUUGUUUGCCCAACACCAGUCUCUCGGCCGAUCACGCCUCCGCAUCAAGCUUGCUCAUUCCGCUUCGAACUCCAACACCACCGUGCGCUGCCUCAACUCCAAAUCCAAAAUUGGACUUUGACACCACCCCGAUUGCCACAGACGGCACAGAACAUCCUGAGAGUCCGAGAAAGUAGUGAAAGCAACGCAAACUCCGACAGCAGUAGCGAGGAUCAGAAGUUUAGACCCAAAGCAAAGACUGUCGAGCCGCAGAAGCCCACAGCCUCUGAGCUAGGCAAUGCACGAUACAGUGGAAGAGCGUUGGCAGAGUGGUCACAGGUAGUGAGCGAGUGCCGCAACUUUUACAUCCGACGCAGACAAGAUGGAGUUCCGAGGGAUGGUCUUGUCGAGAUACCGACAUUGGGAGUCGAGAAUUUCCGGAGUCCAGGUUAG